AUUGGUGGUCGUUCCAUGGCAGCGAGAGCAAAAGCGGCGGCGCUGGUGUCGCGCGCGCUGCGCCUGCGGUUCUCCGCAUGUCUCGGCGGCUCAAUCCUGCUCCUGACGUUUCUGCACUUCUUCUUGUGCGGCUCUUACAAUUAUCCAUACAUCUCACGUGCCUUUGUGCUAGACGACUUAUAUAAGAAGUUGAAUCCUCAACUAGAGCUGUCCAAGUCAAAGCCACAGUGUGACUACAGCCGCGUGUUGGCCAGCCGGAAGAGCAUCAACGCCUGGGAGGUGCCUACGUUUCAAAACUAUAACGACCUGCCCCUAGACGACUUAGUGAACGGUAGUUUCGCCCCAGCGCAGUGCAACCCGCUCGUGAGCGUGGCGGUCAUCGUCUCGUAUCGCAGUCGGGAGGAGCAGCGCAACAUCUUCUUGCCGUACAUGCACAAUUUCUUGCGUAAGCAAAACAUUCAUUACAAAAUAUACAUAGUCGAGCAAGAGGACGAGAAGCCGUUCAACAGGGCUUUGUUGAAUAACGUGGGCGCACUGCAGGCCAUGGCCGACGGGUUUCCGUGUUUGGUGCUGCAUGACGUGAAUCUGCUGCCGCUUGACGCAGCCAACCUGUACGGCUGCCUCAGCCAACCGCGGCACAUGAGCGCCAGAGUCGACAAGUUCCGCUUCGUGCUCACUUACGACACCCUGAUCGGCGGAGUGCUCGCUGUGCGCACCGACCACUACGAUCAGCUCAACGGCUUCUCCAACCGUCUCGAGGGCUGGGGCGGUGAAGACGACGACUUCUAUAAUAAGAUCAAAGAUAACGGCCUACAAGUACUCAGAUUGGAGCCGGAGCUGUCGCGCUACACCAUGCUCGCGCACGCGCCCGUGGCGCUGAACGCGGCGCGGGCCCGCGUGUUGCACGACAACCGGCGCUGGGCGGGCCUCGGCCGCCUCGACGGCCUCGAUGGCCUCGACGGCCUCGACGGCCUCGACGAGUUGCGGAGGCGCGCGCGUCCGCGCCUGCGCGCCUACCGCCUGUUCACGCUGGUGGGCGUUCACUCGUAG